CCCACAGGUAGACAGCCAUGGGUCUCCUACCUGUAUCUUGCUGCUUGCUGGUGUUGGUUGCCUUGCCCUGCCUGGUCCAGAAGGCAGAGCAGAGGGCGGCCUCAGACUGCGGCGGCGAAAUGGUGGUUGGCGAGGAGGUGACGCUGACCAGCUACGGUUAUACUCCCAACAAGUACGGUAAAAUGAAAGAAUGUCGCUGGAAGCUGACUGCUGCUGACGCUGAUACCAAACUGGAGGUGCAGUGCCCCAAGUUAAAUCUUCUGAAGUCGACAAACUGCGUGAAGGACCGCCUGAUAUUCCGAGAGGACGGCAAAGAGAAAAUGCGUCUAUGUGGCAAAGGUGCCAAGACCUUCACUUCUGAAGCCAACGAUUUGGAAAUCGUGUUUCGCAGUAAUCGGUGGGUGCCCAAGACGGGCUUUGAGUGCACCGUGUGUAGCCUGAAAGGCACCGACGAGGAGGGGGAGAAUGUUAAUACUGAAAUACCUAUCGCCCCCAUCAAGGACACAACGGGCGGUUCGGGUGGUUCGGGUGGCUCUGGCGGGUCUGGCACAAGCAGCGGAACAUGUGAGUGCGGCGUUUCCAAGCUGACUCGCAUUGUGAAUGGAACCACCGUGAGCCCCGCGCACAAGUAUCCGUGGCACGUGGGUCUCAAGAAGAAAGGGCAGUCAGCUUACAGGUGCGGCGGCACAGUCAUUAACAACAAGUACGCACUCACCGCCGCCCACUGCUUAUUCAACGAAGUAGGUGAACGCGAGUCCGACGAGGGACUGGUAGUGGGCGUGGCCGAUCACGAUAUGUCGAGCACGAGUGACGACGUGAAGGGGGUGACGCGGCUGGUCAACGUGAAGCAGAUAAUCAUGCAUGAGAAAUACACCGGGGGAGAUGAUUUCGACGUUGCGGUGCUUCUGCUCGAAGAAACACUCGACCUUAGCAAGAAGGAACUGGGCGCCGUGUGCCUGCCCAAGGACGACUCUAAGACCUACGCGGGGGUCAUAGGCAUUGCCACCGGCUGGGGAAGUCUACAGCCAGGCGGGUCGCAGCCUGAUAAGCUUCAGGAAGUGGAUCUGCCCAUCCUUGACCCGAAAUGCUGGGACCACGACGUCACCCCGAAUAUGGUAUGCGCCGGCUACAAGGACGGCAGCAAGGACACCUGCCAAGGGGACUCCGGAGGACCGCUUUACGUCAAGGAGGGUGCUAAGCUCGUGCAGGUCGGAGUAACCUCUUUCGGCACCGGUAAGUGUGCUGAUCCUGGUAAUCCCGGCGUCUACGCCAGGGUGUCCAAGUUCCUGACGUGGAUCAAGGAGAAAACCUCAGAUGCCACCUACUGCAAGUGA